CUUCUCUUGUGACACACAUGGAUGGGGGCAGCUGUGCCUCUCUUCAUCCCUGGAAAGAUAACCAGGGUCAGCAGGCUCCGUGUGAGAGACCCCUGAGCCAAGAGGUUUAAGGGGAGCCAGAUGUUUCCAGGGGAGGUGGUGUGGUCUCAGUGGGGUCCGGAGUCGGCUGAAGCAUUCUACAACAUGGCUACUAUUACCUUCCCAGGCUGUGGAGUCCCUGCCAUCCAACCCGUGCUGACUGGCCUGUCCAGGAUCGUCAACGGAGAGGAUGCUAUUCCUGGCUCCUGGCCCUGGCAGGUGUCGCUGCAGGAUAAAACUGGCUUCCAUUUCUGCGGGGGCUCCCUCAUCAGCGAGGACUGGGUGGUCACUGCUGCCCACUGCGGGGUCAAGACCUCCGAUGUGGUGGUAGCUGGAGAGUUUGACCAGGGCUCCGACGAAGAGAACAUCCAGGUCCUGAAGAUCGCACAGGUCUUUAAGAACCCCAAGUUCAAUAUGUUCACUAUACGCAAUGAUAUCACUCUGCUGAAGCUGGCCACUCCUGCCCAGUUCUCUGAGACUGUGUCUGCCGUGUGUCUACCCAACGUCGAUGAUGACUUCCCGCCCGGCACUGUGUGCGCCACCACUGGCUGGGGCAAGACCAAAUACAAUGCCCUCAAGACCCCUGAGAAGCUGCAGCAGGCCGCCCUGCCCAUCGUGUCCGAGGCUGACUGCAAGAAGUCCUGGGGUUCCAAGAUCACCGAUGUGAUGAUCUGCGCAGGCGCUAGCGGCGUCUCUUCCUGCAUGGGUGACUCCGGUGGCCCCCUCGUCUGCCAGAAAGAUGGAGUCUGGACCCUGGCAGGCAUUGUGUCCUGGGGCAGUGGUGUCUGUUCCACUUCCACUCCUGCUGUGUAUUCCCGAGUCACAGCCCUCAUGCCCUGGGUUCAGCAGAUCUUGGAAGCCAACUGAGUCCGUGGUUCUUGCCAACCCCCCUCCGAGCAGCUACAAUAAAAAUCAUCUAAUUAGAA